ACGUGUUUUCUAAAGAAUGAAUGGUUCUGCUCUUAUUCCGAUCGGACCCUUUUAGCGACGGACCAAACGUUGGAGCAGCAUAAAUCCAAAAUCACACAUUUGCCAACUGUUUUGCUCUUUUUCAUUGAAUAUUGAGGAAAAGCAUGGCUGAAAAACCAGUGAAAGUCCUGGCGUGUGGAGACGUUGAAGGACGGCUGACUGCUCUGUUUAAUCGGGUCCAGGCCAUCCAGAAGAAGGCGGGACAGUUUGAUCUGCUGCUCUGUGUCGGGGAGUUCUUUGGGACGACACCAGAGGCCCAAGCAGAGUGGCAGCAGUACAAAACUGGAGCUAAAAAAGCUCCGAUCCACACCUACAUCCUGGGAGCAGCGAGCCAGGAAACUGUGAAGAGUUUCCCCAGCGCCGACGGUGAAGAGCUGGCCAACAACAUCACGUACCUGGGUCGUCGUGGUGUGUUCACGGGUGUCUCCGGACUACAGAUCGCCUACGUCAGCGGGCGGGAGGCUCUGCAGGACCCGGCCCCCGCUCACUGCUUCACCUCCAAAGACCUGUCGGCCCUUGUGGCCCCGCUGACCGGCAGCUCCAAGUUCAGAGGUGUGGACAUCCUGCUGACAUCCCAGUGGCCCCGGGGGGUCUGGCACUACGGAAACACCCCGGAAGUGAACACCAAGUUCUGUGGCAGCGGUUCUGUAGCAAACCUCGCAGACCACCUGAAGCCCAGAUACCACUUUGCUGCUCUGGAGGGAGCUCACUAUGAGAGGCUGCCAUACAGGAAUCAUGUAGUUCUGCAGGAGAACGCUCAGCACGUCAGUCGCUUCAUCGCCCUGGCCAGCGUCAACAACCCCGCCAAGAAGAAGUAUCUGUACGCCUUCAACAUCACCCCGAUGAAGGCGAUGGAGGCCUCUGAGCUGGUGAAGCAGCCUCAGGACGUGACGGAGAACCCGUACAGAUUCUCUAGUAAAGACAAGCCGGGCAAACAGAGGCCGAGCUUCAACACCACAGAAGAAGAGGAGCCAACCAGCCAGUUCUUCUUUGACCUGAGCACGAAGCAGGGGGGGGGCUUCAGAGGCCGCGGCAGGAAGCGAGACGGAGACGGACGAGGAGACUUCCAGAGAGACAGGGGGGACAACAAACAGCAGCGCAGACACCCUCAGCCCACCGGGCCAUGCUGGUUCUGUCUGGCCAGUCCUCAGGUGGAGAAACACCUGGUCAUCAGCAUCGGGACGCACUGUUACCUGGCGCUGGCUAAAGGCAGCCUGACCCCCCUCCACAUGCUGAUCCUCCCCAUCGGACACUACCAGUCUGUGGUGGAGCUGAGCUCAGAGGUGGUGGAGGAGAUGGAGAAAUAUAAGGAGGCGCUGAAGAGCUUCUACAAGAGCAGAGGAGCCCGCUGUGUCCUGUUCGAGAGGAACUACAAGAGCCAGCACCUCCAGCUGCAGGUGGUGCCUGUUCCUCUGGACCGCUGCACCACGGAGGACAUCAAGGAGGCGUUCAUGGUCCAAGCUCAGGAACAACAGAUGGAGCUGAUGGAGAUCCCCCAACACACCGACCUCAAACAGAUUGCUCCUCCAGGGAUUCCGUACUUCUACGUGGAGCUGGACACAGGGGAGAAACUCUACUACCGGAUCCAGAAACAUUUCCCUCUGCAGUUUGGGAGGGAGGUGCUGGCGAGCGAGGUGUUGCUGAACAUCCCGACUCGUGCCGACUGGAGGGAGUGUAAGCAGAGCCGAGAGGAAGAAGAGGAGAGCUGUAAACAGCUGAGGGACGACUUCCAGCCGUACGACUUCAACAUGGAGGACUAACACAAACACACACACACACACACACACACACACACACACACACACACACACACACACACACACACUGGUGUUUGGUGUUUUUAUAUCAGUGUUUUCGAAAUAAAAUUGGACUGUUUUUUCUUGUGAAAGGGAUGAAGGGAACUGGUCAUAUUUUUUUAAGUAAGGAUUGUAAUAGCUUAUUUCCCAGUGUCCAGAUUUGUUCUCAAAUAUUUGUUUGUCUUGAAAUUCACUUAAAAGUCUUUACUAAUUAGUAAUCACAAAUCCCAGUGAGUGUUUUGCUCCUUCUCAAUAAAACCCGAGGAGAAACGUGCUUUUAAAUGCGUGUAUUUUGUAUUCAAAGGACAAUUAAAUGACUUUUAUUUUGGGUU